UUUCUGGAAAAAAUACAAAAAUUAAAAGAUUUUUGUCAAAAAAGGAUGAAAAGUGAACAUCCAGAGUGCUUGCUACCGAAAUUGACUCAUCUUAGUAAGCCAAAUAUUCCGUUUAUCGCACAGAGCGUUAAUUUGAGCUACAGCUCAGUAUUCGGAUAUCAUCUCACUGCCAAACAAAAUUUAAGGCCUGGUAAUAUCAUCAUGACAGAGUCUCCAUAUUCAGCUCCUCUUCUGCCGGAUUUUUGGUACGAAAAGUGCGCAACUUGUUUAAAAUGUGGAUAUUUGAACCUAAUUCCAUGUCGCGGCUGUUCCUUUGCCAUGUUUUGCUCCAACGAGUGUAUGACAAAAGGAUUUCAAGAAUUUCAUCAGUACGAAUGUCCGAUCAUGCAAGAUAUUGGCGAAUUAUUGAGUGCCGAAGCGCUGAUUGGAUUGCGGAACACUUUGAAGGGUUUCUGUCUCUACGAGAAUUUGGCAGAGCUGCAAGAGGUUUUUGACCAUCGUUUUGAUGGACGUCAAGAGGAUUUCGAUCUGGAAGUAAUGAACUGCGAUGCUAAAACCAUGUUUCGCGUGAUUUGUCAUCAGGCGACGAAUCAGGAACGUCGAAGUAUCGAAGAUUUGUUGAACUUGUCGCUAACAGCGGGAGUAAUUUACAAAUUGUUAGUUUUCAAAACUGAUUUAAUUCUGAAACUGGAAACGCCGGAACAACAUUAUCUGUUGAUGGAAAUGCUCCUGCAUUUUUUGCAAAUCGCCACGAUAAAUUCGUUUUCCAUGACAUGCCUGCCUGAAAUUUCGCUCAACACUUCCAAGGGGACUCGCGUAGAGACGGAACAUGAAUUCGCCAUUGCCACUUACCCAUUUAGUAGUUUCCUUAAUCACUCGUGCGCUCCAAAUGUCACCAAAACGAAUGCCGGUCCCAGUCACGAAACGAUGCUGGUUGUCGUCACGCGUCCCAUUAAAGUGAACGAACAAAUUUUCGACUGCUAUUUUACGAGCGUUCAUCACUACAGAAGUACCAAACGCGAACGACAAAAGCUUUUGUAUGAACAAUACAAUUUCCAGUGCAGUUGCAUGGCCUGCCAGCUAAAUUUUCCAUUGUACAAGGACCUAAAAAUCAAAUGCCCCAUGCUCAAUUUGAUGGAAAUCAUCUCGGGAAACGCGAGUCUUGGUCGAUUUUCCGAGAAAAAACUUAUUUUGCAAAAAUACCAAGAAUAUUGCCAGUUUCUGCGAGAAUUUGACGAAUGUUAUCCUUGCAAGGAGAUUUAUGUCGUACACAAAUGUCUGCUGCGAUGCAUUUGGCUGCUCUAUAAACGGCUACAAGUGAUUCACAAGCCAUCACCGAAAUCGCAAAAGGACAUCAUCUUCAACCUUGACAACCACUAA